AUGUUUUAUGUUGGCUUACUGGUCUUGAGUGGCUGCUUGGCCCGGGGGACCGGCUACAGGAAAACUCCAGACACGACAGCUGUUAAUCAGAGACAGUACCAGAUCCAGAAUGGCCCGUGCAGCUACACCUUUCUGCUGCCUGAGCAGGACAACUGCAGGACCCCGAGCAGCACCUACACCAACCUGGUCCAGAAGGACGAUCCGGCAGAGUAUGACGAGUCUGCCCAGAGGCUGGAGCAGCUGGAGAACAUCAUGGAGAACAACACGCAGUGGCUCCUCAAGCUGGAGAACUAUAUCCAGGAAAGCAUGAAGCAGGAGAUGGCCCAGAUCCAGCAGAAUGCUGUCCACAACCACACGGCAGCCAUGAUAGAGAUUGGGGCUAACUUGCUGAGUCAGACCACUGAGCAAACACGUAAACUGACCAACGUAGAGGCGCAGGUAAUAAAUAAUACAACUCGGCUCGAACGUCAGCUUCUUGAGAACUUUCUGUCAACGAAUAAGUUGGAAAAACAGCUCAUUUUCCAAAUAAAUGAAAUAAGCAAGCUGAAUGACAAAAACAGCUACCUGGAGAAGAGGGUGGGGGAGAUGGAGGUGCAGAUGCAGGUGGAGCUGGAGCAGCUGAAGGAGAAGAAGGAGCAGCUCUCUACACUGGUACUGAGACAGACUGCCGUCAUCGAGGAGCUGGAGAAACAGCUGCUCCGGGCCACCACCAACAGCUCUGCCCUGCAGCGGCAGCAACAGGAGCUACUGGAGACCGUCAACAACCUAAUCUACACCAUCUCCGUCCCCUCAGUGAACAAGCCUACCAUGAUGCAGGAUACACCGACCACAUACCCAGACUGUGCUGCACUCUAUAAGUCGGGGAACACAGACAGUGGAGUCUACUCACUGGCCCUUCCCAACACUACACAGGAGAUUAAGGCUUACUGUGACAUGGAGAUGGAGGGGGGUGGAUGGACAGUACUACAAAAACGAUUUGAUGGUCGGGUUGACUUCCACCGUACGUGGAAAGAGUACAAAAUGGGCUUUGGAAACCCUUCAGAUGAAUACUGGUUGGGAAAUGAGUUUGUUUCGAUACUGACCAAUCAGCAACCAUACGUCUUGAGAAUACAGAUGAUGGAUUGGGAGGAAAACUCAGGAUUCUCACUAUAUGACCAGUUCUCUCUCGGCAGUGAAGCAGAAAACUACAGGAUACACCUUAAAGGCUACAGUGGAACAGCAGGCAAAAUUAGUAGCCUUGGUCAACCAGGAAGUGAUUUCAGCACAAAAGAUGCCGACAAUGACAGAUGUGUUUGCAAAUGCUCACAACUGACAACAGGAGGCUGGUGGUUUGACGCCUGCGGCCCCUCUAACUUGAACGGAAUAUUUUUCCAGCACGGCCAGAACUCUAAUCGAUUCAAUGGAAUCAAAUGGUACUACUGGAAGGGCUCAGGCUACUCACUGAAGUCUACCACAAUGAUGAUCAGACCAGUAGACUUCUGAGGCUGUCCCAGAGACAUGCCUCUCACAGACGGACAUAGGAGAGCAUUGUCACUCUGGGAAACUACAGACAAGACAGACAAAAAAAGACUGAACUGCUCCAUAACAGCAACCUCACCACAAGGAAAGGAACAAAUUAAUUCACUCCAACAAAAUUGACAGGUGAAAACAUGCAGAAGUCUAUGAACUGUGUAUUUUCAGAAACAUAUGGGCUUUGGACUGCAUAACCAACCAGGACAAGGCAGUCAAAGGAUGAAACAGGUAUUUAUAGCUAACUGGAACUGUGGUAGAGAUAACAGUAUUGUUUUCUAUAACAAGCAAUACCAGGGGAAAUGUCAGUGUGUAACACAAUGCAAGGUUGACCAAGUACAUUCUGUAAUAAUGAUAUUUCACCCCAUUACAUUUGAUACAAUGAAUUUGAAAAUGGUUACAUUUUAUAAUAGGCCUAAUACUAAAAGCAAAGAGAACUAGGGUACAAAUACUUGAUCAAAUAUGAACAUAACGCGCUAUGGUCAUCAGUAAUGAAUCUCUACUGCUUUUCUUUCUUAGAGCUUGUACAUACUUACAUGAUAUAAUUUAAAAUGUAUAGAUGGUUCACAAAAUGUAUUAAAAUCAGAUGUGAUAACUUUUAUUGGGAUGUUACUCAAAACAUGUAAUCAAUGUCAAUUAACCUAAUUAUGCACUUGUGCGAAUCUAUUGCAAGUGUGUUCAACUUUUUCCAUGAUUACACAAUCGACUGA